AUGGGCGAGACCCCCGAGCAGGAGGUGAAGGAUGGAGACCCCACCCCUGACCCCGCCCACAGCAGGGAGGAACUGACCAAUCACGGCCCGGGCCCGGCGCAGGCGCUGUUGCUGUCGGCAGGGGGCGCCGUUCACCGCCUGGCGGACGGGCUCGCGCUCGGCUCCGCCUUUUCCGCUUCCGGCAGCGCCGGGGCCGCCGCGGGGGCGGGGCUGGCCCUGCACGAGCUGCCCCGAGCGCUCAGUGACGCGCUGCUGCUGUCCCAGUCCGGUUUGGGGACACGGAAGGUGGUGGCCCUGGCGGUGGCCGCGGCUCUGCCGGUGCUGCCAGGUGUGGUGGCCGGGCUGGCCCUGGGGACGGCGCCCGCUGCUCGCACCUGGCUGGCGGCUGUGGGAGGGGGAUUCCUGUUACACCUGGCGCUGUGUCACAUGGUACCGGCCAUGCUGUCCGUGCGCAGCCGCCGGCCCUGGGCGCUGCUGGCGCUGCAGAGCCUGGGGCUGAUCGGGGGAUGGGCGCUGCUGCUGCUGCUGGCCCUGGCUGAGGGAGGGGACGAGCACUGAGCCCACCUGGGCACACCUGGACACACCUGGGACACACCUGGAGACACCUGGAGACACCUGUGACACGCCUGAAGACACACCUGGACGCAGCUGAGCGCACCUGGACACACCUGGACGUACCUGGAUUCACCUGAGCACACCUGGAGACACCUGAACACACCUGGGACACACCUGGCAUUGGGAUCAGCAGCUGGACACAAACCUGGACACACCUGGAAACAACUGGAUCCCACUGGAUGCACCUGGAGGCAUCUGCAUGCCCCCGGGAUACACCUGGGAGACACCUUAAUGCACCUGGACACACCUGAAGACACACCUGGACAUGCCUGAAGACACACCUGGACACACCUGAGCACACCUGGAGACACCUGGGAUACACCUGGGGACACCUGAGCUCACACAGACACACCUGGAAACAUCUGGGGACAGCUGAGCACACCUGGGAUACACCUGGGUAUACCUGGGUUACACCUGGGCACACCUGGGUUA